AUGCUGUGUAAGACUGAAUCGCCUGAUGUUUCAUAUACUUUAUACAAGAUCGGAAACCUACCAGUGCCCAUGGAAUCUAACUUACUACUAAGAAUACAAAAUGAUUCCAAUGGGUCUUAUACUUGCACCUACAAGAAAAAUAUUAAAGGACGUCUAGUUGAGUCUGUUAGGAGUGCCCCAGUAAUAAUAACCGUGAUCGAUUCUCCUCCUUCUCCUUCCAUCUUCCUCAACCCAUUGUAUCCUGUGUAUGUGAAGGGGGAGUAUGUCAGUAUCACAUGUACCUUUUCUCAAAAGAAUUCUGUUGCAAUUCAGUUUUACAAAAAUGAAAGAGAAGUCUACAUGCAGGAAACACCUGAUAAUGUACGAAGUUAUGGCAUUUUGAAUAUGACUCGCAAGGAUUCUGGGCAAUAUUCCUGCAUUUACUAUAUCAACGUUUAUGGGAGAAAUAUAACAUCGCAAAGAAGCCCUUAUGUUAUCAUUGAUGUCAUUGCUAUCCCUGCUCUGGAUGGUCCCCUCGCUGCUAUUCGUGAAACUUGGACCAAAGUUCAGUCUGCUCUCGAAACUGUGGCUGCUCGUUUCAAAUUUCAUGCUGAUAAAAGGCGGGGUGCCAACCUUGUUUACCAAGUAGAUCCUCCAAGUUCUCCAAUUUUGUUGCCAUAUCCAAACCACUCGAUAUAUAUCAUUGGAGAAACAAUACAAAUGCUGUGUAAGACUGAAUCGCCUGAUGUUUCAUAUACUUUAUACAAGAUCGGAAACCUACCAGUGCCCAUGGAAUCUAAAUUACCACUGAGAAUACAAAAUAAUUCCAAUGGGUCUUAUACUUGCACCUACAAGAAAAAUAUUAAAGGACGUCCAGUUGAGUCUGUUAGGAGUGCUCCAGUAAUAUUAACCGCGAUCGAUUCUCCUCCGUUUCCUUCCAUCUUUCUAAACCCACUGUGUCCUGUGUAUGUGAAGGGAGAGAAUGUCAGUAUCACAUGCGCCUUUUCUCAAAAGAAUUAUGUUGCAAGUCAGUUUUACAAAAAUAAAAAAGAAGUCUACAUGCAGGAAACAGCUGAUAAUGUUAGAAGUUAUGGCAUUUUGAAUAUGACUCGCGAGGAUUCUGGCCAAUAUUCCUGUAUGUACUCUAUCAACGUAUAUGGGAGAAAUAUAACAUCACAAAGGAGCCCUUAUGUUAUCGUUGAUGUCAUUGAUCCUCCAAGUUCUCCAAUUUUGUUGCCACAUCCAAACCACUUGGUAUAUAUCAUUGGAGAAACAAUACAAAUGCUGUGUAAGACUGAAUCGCCUGAUGUUUCAUAUACUUUAUACAAGAUUGGAAACCUACCAGUGCCCAUGGAAUCUAACUUACUACUGAGAAUACAAAAUAAUUCCAAUGGGUCUUAUACUUGCACCUACAAGAAAAAUAUUAAAGGACGUCUAGUGGAGUCUGUUAAGAGUGCUCCAGUAAUAUUCACUGUGAUUGAUCCCCUAUCACCUCCCUCUCUCAUCUUGGGGAACCCGGUGCAAAAGGUUGGAAAUCAUUUUCAGGUGACAUUGAACUGUUCAGUACCCGACUCUAACCUUAACAGAACCUUCCACUACUUCAGGAUAAAUGCAGAAAAUGACAACAGAAAUGCAACUGGUGUGUCUGUCUCUAUCGUUUGGCAGUUGGAGCCUAUUGAUAAUGUUGUCUUCUACUGUGAAUAUGAAGAAGACAUACAUGGGAGAAACGUCAAAUCUGGGAAGAGCAAAUAUCUCCCUGUCACACUCAAAGAGAAAGAUUGA